GUGGCGGCCGAGGCCAUGGCGGCGGUUGCCCUCGCGGGCAUGGCCCCGCAGCCGCUGGCGCGCCGGCACAGCGGCGCCCUCGCUGCCGGCGCCGCGCCGGCGGGGGCCGCGGCGGCCUCCGCGCGCUUCGCGGCGGCGGAGCCGCGCCGGGACCCCGCGGCGGAGGCGCAGCUGCUGUCGUCCCCCGCGCUGGGCACCCGGCCGCUGGGCGCGCAGCUGGGGCAGCCGCCGGCGGCGGCGGUGGCGCAGCCGCCGCUGCGGGCGCAGCAGCCGCAGCUCGUGCCGCAGGGGCCGGCCCGGCCUCCGCAGGGCCUCCCCGGCGGCGCGGCCCUGGCGGGAGAGGGCGCCCGAGCAGAGGAGGGCGCGAGGGAGCUGGAGCUGCAAGAGGAGCAGCUGGCCAGCGACGAGCAGGAGGCGCCGUGCACCUACAACGCGGAGCGCGUGAUCGGCAACGGCACGUUCGGCAUCGUCUACUCCGCGCACAUACUCGAAACGGACGAGACCGUGGCCAUCAAGAAGGUGUUCGUGGACCGCCGCUACCGCAACAGGGAGCUGCAGGUGUGGGAGAAGAUGCGCCACCCCAACAUCGUGACCCUGAGGCAUGCCUUCUACACCUCCGGAGAGUCUCACGACGAGCUCUACCUGAACAUGGUCAUGGAGUACGUUCCAGAGACGGUCUAUUGCGUGAUGAAGCGGCACGGUAAGCAGAAGCUGCCGAUGCCCGACAUCCUGGUGCAGCUGUACACAUACCAGGCCUGUCGCGCGCUCGCCCACCUCAGGGCCUGCGGAGUUGUGCACAGGGACAUCAAGCCACAGAACCUGCUGGUAGACGCGUCCAGGGGCCACCUGCUGAAGCUCUGCGACUUUGGGUCCGCGGCGAAGCUGGGGCAGGGCCGGCCGGCGCUGGUGGCCUACAUCUGCUCGCGGUACUACCGUGCGCCCGAGCUGAUCUUCGGGGCGACGCAGUACACGACGGCGGUGGACCUGUGGUCCAUCGGCUGCGUCCUGGCGGAGAUGAUCCGCGGGCGGCCCCUCUUCCCUGGAGAGAGCGGCGUGGACCAGCUAGUGGAGAUCGUCAAGGUGCUCGGGUCCCCGUCUCGGCGCCAGAUACUGGCCAUGAACCCUGCGUACUUCAACUUCUCGGUCCCGGCGAUCAAGCCGUGCAGCUGGAGGGCGGUCUUUCGCGAGGGCGUCGGGUUCAACUUCAUCGACCUGCUCGCCGCCUUCCUCCAGUACGAUCCGGAGGCGCGAAUUCAGCCGCUCCAGGCCUGCGCCCACCCGUGCUUCGACGAGCUCCGGCGCGAGGGCACGCGCGUGGAGGGCUCGGCGCUGCCCCGGGACCUCUUCAACCUGACCCCGCGGGAGGCGAAGGCGUGCCCGUCGGCGCUGCGGGAGAAGCUGGUGCCGGACUGGCACGCGCCGGCGGAGCCCGCGGGGUAG